GUUAGUGACUACUACUCCCCGGCCACGUUAGCGACGGCACAUUGAUAUCAUCGGUACAUCUAAACCAAACACAAAAUCCAGUGGACUGCUCGAAGUAAAUUUUCAAUGACUCCAUUGGCGUAGUCAAAACCAUCCAUCUUUGAAGAAAAUUCUUUAUCCCUGAUACCUUAUUUUUCUUAAUCUUUAAAUACACGUUAAACAUCAAACAAAUCUUCAGACACUUGAAGAAAUUCAAAGGGGGCAAAAUCUGAUGGCGAAGAUAGGGUUAUUUGAUCUUGAAAAACACUUCGCGUUUUAUGGGGCAUAUCAUAGCAACCCAGUUAAUGUAUUCAUCCACAUGUUGUUUGUUUGGCCGAUUUUGUUCACAGCUCUUGUGAUGCUCUACUUUACACCCCCUUUGCUUAAUCUGUCGUUACCACAUAGCUUGAUUUUGAACUAUGGGUUCUUGUUCACUGUGAUUUAUGCUGGAUUUUAUGUGUGUUUGGAUUUGAAAGCUGGUUCUGUAGCUGGUUUGCUCUGUUUUUUUUGUUGGGUUUCUGGGAGCUUUCUUGCUCAUCAUCUGGGAUUCUCUCUUGCUUGGAAGGUUGUUCUUGCUGCUCAGUUAUUCUGCUGGACAGGACAAUUCAUAGGACAUGGCGUGUUUGAGAAACGUGCACCAGCUUUAUUGGACAACCUAGCACAAGCCUUCUUGAUGGCACCUUUCUUCGUGUUGCUUGAGGCACUAGAAAUGGCAGUUGGUUACGAACCAUAUCCAGGGUUUCAUGCUCGUGUUAAAGCUAAAGUAAACGAAGACAUCAAAGAGUGGAAGGACAAGAAGCAAAAGAAAAUUUCAUAAAUUAUGUCUUAAGUAAUGAAAAUCUAUGCAACAUGCUAAAUAUAUCGAUUUGUAUCAAAACUUUGUGUUGUUUUCACCGGUCAUAACAAAAUAAACCAAUUCCAUUCCCAUUGCGGAUAUUAAAACUAUUCCCAGGGC